AGUGAACAAUCGCAAUAUGCGUGCGGGGUUCAAAGUGAUGCCAAAGUCACGCUAAUUAUAAACCACGCAUUCAAACGAAAAUAACCCACAAAGCGACGCGGAAUUAUUUGCAAUUUUAAGGUCAGUGUCGAGCAUGUCGCCAAAGCUAGAAGUCCUACCAUUAAGCUACCUCUGUCUAAAAUGUGUCUCCAAUCUACUCGUCCACUGCCUGGGCAGCGAGGAGCCCUGCGACGAUCAGACCCUCACAAAUUACCUCUCCGAAGCCACCGGGGAAGUCCUACAGGACAUCAUUAAACGUGUACUGAGUUCGGAGAACUUGGACGCUUCCACACGCUUCAGUUGUCUGCGGGUAUCCCUGCGUGAAGAUGUCCGCAGAUUGGACACUGGGAUGUUCCCACAAUUUUACUACGAAGCCAUUUUGGAGGUUAUCCGAACCAAGGCGCCAGGUUUACAACAUUUGAACCUGCAUGGAGUGUGGUUGAGAGAAUACCCGACGCUUUUGAUCAGUGUUAUAGAAAAACUGAAGAAUUUGAAGGUGUUGAUCAUUCCGCACAUGGCGGAUGAUCUAGUGCUACAAACCGCGAUCAAAUGUGACCAGUUGACUGUGUUGGACAUUUCGGGAGAGUGUAAUUUCACGCGGGAAGGUCUAAUGACCUUGAAAAGUGAUACUUUGAAAGUUUUAAGUAUUGGUAUGUUCGGGAAAGCGAAUGUAUGUGAUAUUUCCUAUGUGGAUCGUGAUGAUGCCGAAGAAGAAAAGGUGAUAGUGUCUUUAAUCAAAAACUUCCCGAAUCUGAACGUGUUGAAGACUUUUUCGUUCAUUGGGGGCGCCUUGAAGAGUAUUCAACAAUCCGAUCCAACUUUUAGGACUAAACUUAAAUAUAUCCACGAUACCCGCACAAGUUUAGAAUCUCUGGACGCCAUUGCUUACCUUUGUCCAAAUCUGGAGAGUGUCCAUUUCAACUCGCCGCAAGAUGGCGUCAUCAGUAAACUCGGCUGCCUGAAACGUCUGAAUUCAUUGAAGGUGUCCGCAUGCCGCGCUGAUGAACUCCAAGACUAUCUCAACCGGCACGGUGAUAAACUGCAAUUCCUCAAAGUGAAUCUCCUGCGGGAUACAAGUGUUUUUGAUGUUAGUCAAUUGUGUAUUGCAUGCCCGGAGCUACGAACGCUCGAGUUGUACAAAUGCAACCGGCUGGCGUGCCUGCAGCCCGAUAAUUAUUUUCUGGCGCUGGAGAGUCUGGAGAUGUUGUACUGUUCGGUGGGCGAUGCGUUGGUGAGAUACUUCCUGAUGAACACGCCAUUCCUGCGGCGACUGCUCGUCGGCGACGUCGUCCGCAUGACGGACGGCGACGUUUUCCGGCUGUGCGCCGACUGUGAGUUCGCCUCGCUGGAGGAGCUUUGGCUUUCGAAUGCCCGCGGGCUGACGCUCACCAGCGUCGAGCUGCUGAUGGGGCAUUGUCCUAGACUGCGCGUCCUCGGGCAGCUCAACGGCUGGGACAUCACGCCGGACGAUAUGGAUCUGCUACGUGCAGUCAUACUCUCCACGAAUACUGAUUUAACUCUGCUGCCGAUUGAAACAGGUUGAAAAUCAUAACACACGUUGUUCUAAAAUGAUAAAAAUAGACAUGAGUCAAGACAGAAAUGUUUUGUGUGUAAAAUUAGUGUAAUGCGUUGUUGCAAUACUUACAUGGAUGUAAAUUUAUCACCUGGUGAUAAUUAUAACUCUUUGAAACACCUGUAUUAUCAGUUUUUUGUGCAGAAACGGACAAUUCACAGCAACACACGCACGUUUCUCAUAACCAAAUAAUUUUAGCGGGUGAAGUUACUACAGCAGCGCCCUCUAUUUCGGUACUUACAGAAACUGCUAAGGAGGGCGCUGUUUUAUGAAACAUUGAAGGUCACUGAAAAAAGAUAAACUUUAUAUUAUUAUGGUGCUAAAAUGAUACAAAUACACUUUAUUUACAUUAAAAA